AAGAUGGCGGCUCCCUGUGGAAGGGUGGCAAGUCGGCCUCUGCUGUGUUUUCUUUCACAUUAUGAAAGGACCCCGGUGGCAAACUGUGGAUUUCGUCCAUUUUCCAACAGUUCGUUUUGCCGUGCAAUUAUGCGGCGCAGAUUAGCGCCGGAAACGCCGCGUUCCCCGUGGACUCUGAUGGCUGCGGUGUGUUUGCAGCGUCCGCCGGUCAUCUCGGCAGAUCUCAGUCCAUUGGAGCAACGCUUUGCUCGCAUGAUGCAGCAGAUGGAGCUGGAGAAAAGCAUCCUGUCUGACCACGAGCUGCGUCUUCUGGAGGACGCAGAGCGACUAAGGAGGAAGCAGGCGGACGAAGACGACGAUCACGACGACUACGAUGAGCGCAAGGAGCAAGAUAUCGUACUGACGCAGGACCUAGAGGAUGAGUGGGAGCGCAAAUUUAAGACAUUCAAGCCUGCUCCCAGAGUCAUGGAUGACGUGGAUAAGGACCUUAGCUCGUCGUUGCGCCUCUUGUCGGAAUCAUUGGUGCUGCUGUCAGAGCAGCAGGUGGGAAGCAACAAGCUAUGGCUGCUGCCUCAGGCUCAGUGGUGCCCUGGAGAAACAUUGAGAGACACAGCCCAGAGAGCGCUCGCCUCCAUCUCAGAACCUGCCCUCAGGGCCACCUUCCUAGGUCAGGCACCGUGCGGCGUGUACAAAUACAAGCUGCCCAAAGACGUGCGCAGCGACAUCACAGUAGGCGCCAAGAUCUUCUUCUUCAAAGCCAUUCUGACAGGUGACGCCGCAUCCAAAGUGGAGCCCAACGGCGCCCUCAUGUGGCUGAACAAACACGAACUGCAGCACUUCCUGAAGCCUGCCUACAUGAUGAAGGUGGAGCGCUUCAUCCUGGGCCCGUAA